CAUUAGCUAGAAACGAAGAAACGCGCUGUGUGCUAUAGAUUUUUAUAUCUUCGUGAUGACAUAUUUAUCUUGUCACAUUAAGUUAGGUGCAUUCGACGCGCGUUACCUGACUCCAAACGCAUGAGCAAUGAGCACACACUUACAUAUGAAUACGACGCCGAAGAAACGUCAUAUUGUUCCGUCUUGAUACUUGUUUAUAUUCGGUGAUAUCAGAGUACAAUACAGUGGUGUGAGGCCGAGGUGCGUGCGCGAUGCACGUGCAUGACAUUGUUUCGUUAAACAAUUCGGCUGCGCGAUCGCAUCUAUGAGCACUCUCAGCUACAAAACGGUCGACGUUACGACAACGACGACGACGACAUCAGAGGUGUAUCAGAGGGAUGGCAGAAGAUGAGAGACAAAUUAGGAUGGCCGCUGAGGCCAUACUGAGCGGCUCCAUCAACUCCCAAAGAAGUUCAGUUACCCAACAUAGCAUGACACGGUCGCCAGAUAUCGUCUUCAGCGAGGAUUUGAUCGCAGGAGCGAGACACAACGGCAGAAUGUCCAACGUCAGACGUUUCUUCUGCCUCUUCGUUACCUUCGAUCUUCUCCUCACAUUUCUCAUGUGGCUCAUUUGCACGAUGAUUGCAGGUGAAAGUUUAAAUACAGCUUUCGAAAAUCAGGUGAUACACUAUCAUAUAAGGACAUCUUUGUUUGAUAUUGUGAUGGCAGCGAUUUGCAGGUUCACCGUCUUGUUGCUCUUUUAUGCGCUACUGUAUCUCAAUCACUGGAUCAUUGUAGCUAUAUCAACUGCCACAACAUGUGCCUUUUUAAUUGCAAAAGUUUUUCUUUUUGAUUGGACAUCAGCUAAUCAACCAGUAUUCCAAGUUCUACUAAUCUUAACAUCUUUUGUGUUAUCUUGGGCGGAGGCUUGGUUCUUUGAUUUUCGUGUGAUACCUCAGGAAACUCAAGCGAGAAAUUGGAUUCGGAAUUUUCCGGAUACGGAAAGAACUCCACUACUACAAAAUGUCAUUACCGAAUCACGGCAAUACGCAGCAAACGUCGAUCACAUGAAUACAUUUUUCACACCUGUGGAUUCCCCUAGUCAUUCCGAUGAUGAAGACAUCUCCAAAAAGCAAGGAGACUUGAGAAGCUUAUCAAGAUCCAGCGAGUUAUCUAUGUUUCUAGCGAAACUUACACCUGAUAAGUGUUUGCCCAAGUCUAGAGUGAAUAGUUGGGACCCCAAAAAAAAUUGGAAAAAAUCGUCAACGGGCGAUGAAAUACUUUCUAUCGAUGAAUAUAAAACGAGGGCAUCUAAAAUGUUACAAAAUUGUCACAACUUAUUAACAUCAAAAGAAUGGAAGGUCGAAACUAUAACAACUGAUGGGGACGAAGUGUCCUAUAUGCAGCUGCCAUCAGAAUGGAAAUUGGAUGGAAAGGUCAUGAGAAUCACUGGCAUUGUCAACGCACCUGCUAGUAUAUUAAUAGACUUAUUGUUUGAUGAUAUCGAAGAAUUUCCUUUGUGGAACAAACUUGUAACAGAAUCGAUGAAACUACAGAAUAUCGAUGAAAACACGGAUAUCAUUUAUCAAGCGACAAGUUCUUAUGGUGGUGGACUCAUCACAGCGCGAGAUUUCGUUAUCUUGAGGCAUCGUAAGAAAUGCGGCGAUUAUUAUAUGAGCAGUGGUAUAUCUGUCCCUACGGCAUUGGUUCAGAUACGUCCAAAUAUGACUAGGGGUGAAAAUGGUAUAAGUUGUUUUGCAACAGAAGAGUUAUCUGACGAAGAAGCCAUUAAUAAAUGUCGCUUCACCUGGAUUUUAAAUACAAAUCUUAAAGGCUGGAUACCACAAACAGUAGUAGAUAGGGCCAUGUCCACUAGUCUAAUUGACUUCAUCACAUAUUUAAGAAAACAUUUAGACGAUAUGCAGAAACCAUUAGUCUAGCACAAUAUCGCUCAUAAAAAUGAUAAAUAGAAUUACCUAUCCCUACCUAUCUACUUACCUACUUAUCUACCUAUCUAUUUACCUAUCUACCCUCUUUAAUAUACUAUGUUAAAUCUAUAUAUCUUUUAUUUAAUAUGCAUUAACGCACAUAAGAGAAAUAUUGAAAUUCCUUAUCAUUAUAAUAUGCGUAUAUUAUAAUGAUGGAUCUCCUAUAAAGUAUGCUUUAAACACAUUUGGAAAGAUGAUGUCGUUUCUUUAAACAGAACUUUUUGAAGGAUUGUUUACGAUUAAACUAAUGUGAAAAGUAAUCAAGAUAUGCAAGAUAGGUCUAUAACAAAAAUCCAUUUACUAUAGACAAAAAUUUAAAGCCAGAUAUAUGAGAUAGUUAUAAUUUGACAAUUUAUAUAAUCUUCGAAUUUAUGUUCCAAUUAUAUUGACAAGUAAAUUAUUUUGUGUCAAUUUAGCUUUGUAGAAAUUUUUUAUUGGUGACUAUGACAUAUACAUAUUAUAUCUACAUCACAACUUAUCUAAUGAAAGGAAAUAUGUACAAUUUUUUUGUCACGAAAUUGAUUGCGAUAAAUGUAAUCUUGAACGAAAAAGAAACGUACUACCUUAUUCUAAUCAUUGUUUUAUAAAGCGUGUAGUGUAGUAGUAGUAAUUAAAAAAUGAAUUAGAAAAUAUAUUAAGUGCUUUUUGUGUAUAAGUGCCUAUGAAUUCGAUUAAGUGCAUCUUUUGAUAUGUGAUGUAUAUAAUGUAUUGGAAAUGCAUCAUACAUGCUUAGUAUGCAUGAUGGCAUCUAUCACGUGUCUACAGUGUAUCGCGAGACAACAAAGCCGUGAUAUAAAAAAUACUACAGAAAUAUUAAAAUAACAUUUUAUUACAUUUUUUAUUUUAUAGAUUUAUUAAAAAAUGUUUCUCUCUUUGAUCACGAGAGUCAUCGUAAAGCCUAAUGUAUUGAUAUUUUGUAUAUAAUGUGCAUUUAAAUGAAGCAUAUAUAUAUUAAAUGAAAGGUUCUGAAAAUAUUUCACUUUUUAGAAAGAUAUGAUAGAUUGUUAUUAUUAAUUACACACUUGAUCAAUUUUAUAUUUCGAUUGAUAAAUAUGGAACGCAUACUAUGUUCAUAUUUGCGUCCUGUAAGUGCGUUUUAUUAUUAUUAUUUAAAUUUAUGAAAAACAUGCAUAUUUGCACACGUUUAUUAUUGACAAGUUUUCUUCGAUUAAUUAACAUUAGAUAUAGAUACAUGUCAUGAACGUUGAUAUAGAUUUCCGCACUAUUUGAUAUGCAGUUAUUGUGCAAUUUUAUGAGAGAUAAUACAUUUGUUUCGAGAUAAGUGCGCAGUGCGCAUGCAAGUUAAAGAAUUGUUUGCAUUGCUUCCAUGCCAUCUCGGUAUAUUUGUGAUCAAUAAUAUAUUAGAAAAAAGAAUAAUGCAACAACACUAAUGCAGUCUUCUCUUCAUUUCUAAAAAAAAUAAAUUUCUAUUAUAAUUGAGAAAAAUUUAAAGAAGUAAAUUGGCCUAUUUUAUUAUGAAAAUUCAAUCCACAAAAUUAAUAGUAAGUUAAAGAAAAAUUAUAUGAUUUAUUGAAAAAUACUUUGAAAUUAUCAUUAAUCAAAAGAUGAAGUUCAAUUAUCAAAUCGUUGUAUAUAUAAAUAUAUUAAUUGUUGAAAGAUCUCUUAUAACGGGAUGAUUCGUGCUAUAAUAUUUUUAACUUUUAAACUAUUCAAUGUAUAAUAGUGUAUUCUCAACUUUAUACGACGUGUUUGGUAUACAUAUGUCUAUAUAAAUAUAUAUCAUAUAGUGUUUCUCCUCGUUUUCAGAUUGUCGUAUAUUAUAGUUGAUAUUGUUAAGAGACGACUUUGAAUUUCACAUACGACUGUAUCAUAUAAUAAAUGCGACGAUGGAAUAUGUGUAUGCAGAAAAAAAUGUAUAAAUACUCUAUUUUGUUUUAUAUAUUCAUAAUAUUAUACACAUCGAGAUAGCAAUUUCUCUAGUAUCAUCGUUUUGUAUGUGUCAUUUGCCGUUUAUGCAAUACAUUCUUGCAUUUUCGCUCUGGAAAUGUCUGCUGUAAAUCAGUACUGUGUUACAUAAAUGGACAAUAUAUCUAGACAGAAUAAGAUAAGAGAAUAGAAUAAUCUAAAAUGAUUUUAUAAAUCCGGUUUGGAUUCGAAUGUAAAGAUAUACUGUAAGUCAAUAAAAGCGAAGAAAGAGCA